UCUGGUAGAAGAAAUUCAUUCUGCACAACACAAACAUGAUGAAGCCAUCAUGGCUAGGCUGAAGUUAGCCAGUGAGGAGAGAAAUGAUGCUUGUAAACAAGUAAAGCUGUUGGAACAACCUCUUGAAACGCUAGAAAAUAUUAACCCUGAAGAAAAUGACAUGACAUUACAGGAAUUACUGAACAGAAUAAACAAUGCAGACACCGGUAUGGCGAUAUGGAGGACUGGAGCUAUAAUUGUCGAUCGAAUAUACAGGACCCAGGAACGGAAAAAGAAAAUAACAGCUGAAGAAAUUAACGCACUGAUAGAAGAGCGAGAUGCUGCACUGGCUCAAUGCAAACGGCUGGAGCAGGAGCUUCAUCAUAUGAAAGAGCAGAACCAGACUUCUGCAAACAAGCCUAGACAUCUGACUGCUGAAAACAAUCAAGAACGUGCUCUGAAGGAAAAAUUGCUUGCUAUGCAACAGGAGAGAGAAGCUGCUGUUCAUCAAUAUAAAAAUCUAGAAGAAGAGCUCCAGACUCUUCGUAUUUAUUACAGUUUGCAUCAAGCUCUAUCCCAAGAAGCAAGUCUUAAGGAUCAAUUCAACUCCACACUUAUAACGUAUGAAAAAGCUUUGAAAAACAGAGAUGAUGUUGUCUCCAUGCUGCUUCUUCAAAAUGAGGAGCUGGAGACCCAGCUCCAGCAAAUGGCAGCGGAGAGAACAAACACAGAAUUAAAGUUUCAGCAAGCUUCAGAUGCUUUGCAAGAGACCACUGAGAAACUUCAAAACAUGACUGUGAAAAGAAUGUGGUUAAGACCCAGGAGCCUUUCUGGAGGAUAGUGAGCAAAGGAAACCAGGAGGAGAAGAGAAUUUAGCACACGGGUGCAAGAGUGUCAGCUCCAUUGAUUCAGUCCGAGGGGAAUGCCUGAUGACUGGAAGAAUCGACCUUGGCAAUGGAAGCACAAAGCUCUUUUCAUCAAUUCAAGCUUGGACUCUAAAGCUGCAGAUGGUUACCUCCAGCACUGCCUAUUCAGGGUGAGGGUU